UUACACAUUUAAACUAUGGAAUUUAAACACAACAGGUUUCAGUGUUACAGUUUAAAUAAAUUAUUUAUGCUGUAGUUUUUAUGACAUUAUAGAGCACACCACACAGAGCUCUAUGAAAACAUAACGUAAAUAGUGCUAAUUUGUUGAUCGUUUACGAAAAAAGCUGUUAGAUUUUGAAAAUAAUGUAGUGCCUUAUCAAAAUAAUUAAUUGUGGUAUUUUAUGAAACAUGAGUUUUUUAUCAGAAGUUUUGUCAGCUGCUGAAAAGACAGAAAUUGAGAUUAUUAAAACUAAAAUACCGGAGUUAUCACAAGAAAUAACUGAUUUAAAAAGUGAAAUAUGGCAUUACAUGAAUAAUGUAUAUAACAAAUUUAACGAGCGACCUCAGAAAAAUAACAUUUUAUUGAAGAAGGCAACAACACUUUCUGAAGACUUGGACGUUUUAAGAAAUACUAUUGAAGAACAUCUCAGAAAGGACAUUCCAAAAAUAGAAAACGAUUUAAGCACAUUAUCAUUAGAAAUAGAGGAAGCUGAUAUAAUCCUUUCAGCUGUUUCAAAAUUUGUUGUUCUUCAUGAUCGUUUAAUGAACAUCAGAAAUUUUCAAGAGCAAAAACAAUAUAUUGAAUGUGUGAAAGAAAUUCAAUCCGCUUACUCUGAAAUAAAUGAAUUGGAGGUGGAAGAAGAAGUAAAGAGAGUGACCACAAAUAUAAGAAGAGAUUUAUUGUCAGAGAGGACCCUGGUAUGUGAAGCAUUGGAUAUUAUAUUUGGUGAUAAUAUAUUACUUAAUAGUAGUUGUGUAGGUUCAAAAACAGAAAAUACCAUAAGGAUUAAUUAUGAAAAUAAUACCUUUAAAGAUGCUUUGGUUGCUUUUCACAUGUUAGAUAGUAAAAUUUUUUUAUUGCAACAAAUAUCUAAUUUCCUUAUCAACGAAGUUUGCUUACCUAUAUUACAAAAUGUUGUAUUUAUUAAUAUAGUAGAUGAUCAAAAAAGCUACUCUUUUGUGUUGACAUAUACAGCAAGUACAGAAGUACCAAAAUACCAAGACAUUUUUUCACAUUUAUUGAAAGUAUUUCAAUAUUUGCAUACUCAUUUUAAUUAUCACCUGACUGGAGAUUAUUCAACUUUGCUUUAUGUGGUAAAUGAAAUUAAAAGUUCAUUGGUGGAGUCAGUGAUAAAAUAUUGUUUAUUGAGUACAGUUCCUUCAAAUGAAGUAGAAUUGGAGAAGUAUGAUGAAAUUCUUACUGAUAUUUCAAAGUUUGAAAGCCAGUUACACAAAUACUCUGUAUUUGAAGAAAAAGAAAGUCCUUUUACUGAUUACAUGAAAGAUAUUGAUAAAUUAUAUGUGAACAAAAAAUGUCAGGAGUAUACAGAAAUAGCAAUUAAAUUAAUGAAGAAAGAUCUUCAUGAAAUGGUAGAAACUGGAAUAUUAAUUAAAAACAAACCAUUAUUAGAAGAUGCACAUGAUUUUCCAAAAUGUUCUGUUUCUAAAAGUGUGCUAGAGCUGUUAAAAUUAAUUGAAAACAUGCUUCAAAAAGCAAUGGAAAGCCCUGAAGUGUGUGCAAAACGAAUUGUAAGUGCAACACAAAACAUAUUAAACAUGUAUGGCAGUGUGGUAUCUGAAAAUCACCAAAAAAUGCUUCAAACUAUUCCACAACAAGUUGCUCUGUUUAAAAACAACUGUUGGCAUCUCGCUUAUAAAUUGGACAGUUGGAACGAAUUGUACAAUAAAAAAAUUAAGUUUAUCAACGAUGCCACUCUAUUUAAAGAUCAAUCUCACCAACUACGCUGUUUCGGAGCGGAUGUAUUUCGACACUAUGUACAAGGCCAAGUGCAGCAGAUCGAAGAAAUACUUAAAAAUUCGAGUCUAGGCGAAUUGCAAACUUUGAGUAAUUCAAACAAUAAUAUUGAAAAGGCUGUACGUCAGUGCAUUAGACAACAGGAGCUUCUUCGAACUGUUUGGCAUAAGGUUUUAUCAUACAAUGACUACAACGAAACACUUGGUUACAUUUUUAACUCUUUUUGCACAAAACUCAUGGAAUUUGUGCUUUUGGUUGAAGACUUAUCAUCGGAUAUUGCUGAACAGUUAGCUGACACCUUUAAAAUUGUACAGACCCGAGGUCCAAAGUUAUUUACAGAACCAAAAGAAAUUAAUAUGUAUGUUGAAGUUUGGUAUAGGUUUAAUGAACUUGUUUUUAUGUUGAAUGCUAGUCUUGUUGAAAUAAAUGACAGGUGGGCGGACGGUAAAGGACCUUUGGCGUUAGUUAUGAAACCGGAAGAAGUUAAACGUCUCGUUAGGGCUCUUUUUCAAAACACAGAUCGCAGAGCUGCACUUCUUGCUAAGAUCAGUUAGCAUUGUAAAUGUUUUAAUUUACUUCCACAUUUAUAAAUGAAUUAUCAUCAUACAUGUAUUAUGACCGAGGGCGUUAGCGCCGCUAAAUAAAUUUUAAAUUUGAAAAGUA